UUUUUUUUUUUUUUUUUUUUUUUGUAGACAACGUCAGACCAAAAACUCCACCAGUUUCCAUCAGCGACAUACAGAAGACACCUCAAGAAGAAGAGGAGGAGAUGUCGACAAGUCCUGGAGUAUCCGAGUUUGUGAGCGACGCUUUCGACUCGACGGCCAUCAACCAGGAGGACCUGAGGAAAGAGAUGCAGCAGCUGGUGCUGGAUAAGAAGGAGAGCGUCCCCUCUCCUGACGAUGAGUCAGCAGACUGGGAGAAGGAGCUGCAGCAGGAGCUUCAGGAGUACGAGGUGGUGUCCGAGUCAGACAACAAAGACGACCAGUGGGAUCAAGAGAUCGAGAAGAUGCUCCAGGCUGAUGAAAACUAGACAAAGCCCCCGUGUUUGUCUCCUGUACGGUGAUCUGGCCCAGAAUGGAUGACCAGCGAUGCACAAGGGGAUGAACUUCUACAUCCUCUGCCCCACCCAGCUGUGAUUACUGUCAUGUAAACAUUCUCUUGUACCUGAUGAAGAUGUAGAUCCAAUAACAGCAAGAGUGUGUAGCCUCUGCUGGCAACAGUGGUUAUGUUCAGGUGUAUUAGUAAACAGUGCUACUUUAUUGCUCCUUCCUAAAUUGGUUUUAUCAACAUGCUCUCCUCUACUCUGUCUCAUUGUGACGGGGAAAAUCCUCUAGAGGGCACUCCAGUACAAGUACCAUGAAUUUUAUAAUGGAGGAAGGGCCUGUUUGAGUUUUAUCUGUUUCCCCUGCUGCUUUCUGGUGGGUUGUACAGUAAAGUCUUAGUAUAGUUACAGUAGACUCAAAUGUAAAGUUAGAUUUAUGUAAAUAAAGCUGAUUCUAACACUACACUUAACUUCACGUUGCAUUUCCCUUUCAGUACACUUGCUUGUCAUUUUACAUUUUGUAUUGCGUUUUGACAAACCCGUGUGCAUGUCUGCUUUGUUUUGUUUCUCUGCUACUUAAAAUGCUGUACAUUUUCUGUUUUAUCUGUCAUCCUUUCAUAAAUAUGUAUCUGUUUGUUAUGGACAAUAUACAUCAUGUUUAAAUUAGAAACAAAGCCCAGGGUGUCUUAACUUUUAAAAUGAUAAAAUAGUGUUUUUGUGAUUUAAAAAAAAGUAAAAAGUCUUUUUAUGAAGCUGCAAUGUGGCAUAUUUAUGUUUUGUUUGUACCAGUACAAAACAAGCUUCAGAUCCUUGUCUUGUACAUUUAAUUUGAUUCCCCAUGAAGUCCCCACCCAUUGAUGUAGAAUAAACACUAACAAAACAA